UUCAGUAACAGUUCAUUGAGGGUGCUCUCCUGCAACAGGACGGGAAACAUUGCUCUAACUUCACGUCCAGGGUCGACUUCGUAUCUGUCUUUGCCAAAUACAACAGCACCCUACGGCUUUAUUUUCAUGCAGUACAUAUUUAACGCAUACAGUCAUUUUUAUAAAUGAUAAAAAGUCUUGUUCUUUAGUCAUACUGGAUUCGCAACACGAACGCAAUUUGACCAUUUCUCCUAUAAAGGUGUGUCCGUCUAAUGAGCCUCCUGCGUUCUAGUGCCACCAUGAAGGAUCGUGACUCCCUCUCUCUCCUACACUACUCUGGUUCAGGCAAGACGAGCCCUCAGUUCCCCUCCGCUGCCCUCCAUCCCAGCUCCCCGGUGUUGGGAAAACCCCAGCCUUUCUGCCUGCAGUCCGGCCAGCAUCUCAUAGCCUCCAUGCAGCUCCAGAAACUCAACAGUCACUAUCAGAAUCUGUCUUCUGCAGCUACAACCGGAACCGGCCGAGGGUACGGAGCCACCAUGCUGGGCCCGGGACAGAUCACCACCCCUGGGGCGACACAGGCACCUGGAAUCAUUGAUUCUGAUCCGGUCGAUGAGGAAGUUCUGAUGUCGCUUGUGGUGGAGCUCGGUUUGGACCGUGCCAAUGAGCUUCCAGAGCUGUGGCUGGGUCAGAACGAGUUUGACUUCAUCGCAGAUGUGCCGGCUGGCUGUUGACCGUCUCAGGUGCUACCAGAUCUCCCUCGGUCUUUAAAAUCAAAGCAUCGAAAUAAUGGCUAUUAAUGAGAAGAAAACAUAACUGUCAGAUAUGAACUGUCAAGAGAUGUUAUUUGCAGUUUUGGAGGGCAGACUUAUGUGAGGUAUAGACUUCUGUUUAUGGUGAAAGGAUUUCAGAAGUCGGAGGACUAAGCACCAAAACGGCCAUUCUUAAGACGUUUCCCCCAUCUGUAUUUCCAAAGCUCAUUCACACCCUUAUAAAAAUCCACAUCUUGAUAUGUGGGAUGGAUUUGAAGAGUCACCUCAUUGUGAGGUUGCUGGAAGAAGAGAUACUGCAAAUAUGGUUUGUAGAGAACAAAGGUUUUCGGCUACCCUUGCCUGCCUGCUGCCGGUUGGUCUGACUUCUAGCUCCUUUUUGGACUAACAGUCGGAUGGUAUUACAAGUGUGUAAUGGAAGGUGAUCAUGAAAUUGGUGCGCUCAGCUGAGGCCCUUUAUCAUUCGAGAGAUUCCCUCGAGAAGCCGUGUCAUCGCAAGCUUCGCUGGUCACGGAGGAACUCGACCUCGCCGAACGUUUUCCAUGGCUAAAUAUAUUAAUGAGACGUGUCUGUUUACCCCACAGUUCAGCCUGCGUGGUCUGAUAGCCUUAUUUUUAUAUAUUAGCUCUAUUGUCUAGAGACGAUCAGUUCAUGCACUUACAAAUGUCAAUGUUAAUUAAAAAAGAAUAUUGCCUACUGUCUUUUUUUUUUACUUUAAAUAAAACUUUACUUUACUUUAAAUUUACAUAGGCUGUAUGAAUUUAAAAAAAGUAAAAUGUAAUGUAGAUCUGUGCAGGUCUUCUCCAAAAUUCACGAAUAUGUUAGACGUUUUACAUGCUUAAAAUGCAAUUUCCCAUUGAAAGAGGACUUUCUGUCAGAUAUUUUCUGCCUGUCAUUUUUUUACUUUACUUUUUUUUUUUUAAUUUGACUUACUGAAACUUAAUCAAAGAUUUUUGUUUAGCACUUUUCUUCCAUUUAUUUUUCUACAUAAGAGAGUUAUUACCUAUUUAAAAGUGUGUACUCUUCAGUUUUUUUUCUGAAUGUGAGAAAAUAAAGUUACAAAGCACAAUA